AACUUGAAUAUGCACGCUUAUGCUUUAAAAAUAUCAUUAUUUAUUGCGCCCAACGGCUAGCCGCAAAUUGAAGAUUUGAGGAAAAGAAAUGUAUUGUAGGUGUGGUAUUGUUUGCAUAUCACCUAAAUUAUUCUAAUUGACGUGAAAAAUAUCAAUGAAGUGACAAGCGAGGAUUGAGAUAAGUAGGAUGUAUACUUGCAUAAAAUGUGGAGCAGAGGUGGAUGAAUUAUACCGGAGAUACAGUCCAAGUGUUUUGAAGGUUUUAAAAUGUGAUAAGUGCGAUAGCAUUGCUGACAAAUACAUAGAGUAUGAUCCAGUGAUUCUUUUAGUUGACUUGGUUUUAUUGAAUAAGUCAGCCUACAGACAUUUACUGUAUAAUAGUGGUUUCAAGUCUUAUUGGAAAUUAAUAGUCGUCCUCCUUCUAGGAGAAUCAUUCAGAAUUUGGUCAUCGUCUGCAACUAAAGAUUCUUUUCAGUUGCCAGAAGUGCACCAAGCUGACAAUGAUGUGUUCGAAAGAGAAGGGAGCUUUUAUGUAAUACUCUUACAUACGACUCUCUCUCUCGGCGCAUUUGUUUGCGCAGUAAUUGGAGUGACUGAAUUACGAUGGAUAAUCUUAGGUGGUAAACCCAAAAAAUACAGGGCACUUGAUUUGGGGAGGGCAUUGACAGUUGGUGGUUGUGCCAAGUUACUUGCUUUGCUCGAUAUGGUUUGGGGCCACAUCUCACCCCAUCAUCACUAUGCAUUGAUACAUGGAUAUACCGUGCUGUGCCUUCUAACUGCAUAUUCAGUGGUCUGUGAAAGUGGGCGAAGCGGUUCGCUGGUAGGGUUGGCUGGGGGACUGUUCGCAUAUGGCUAUGUUGCCAGCAACAUUGUGGGGAUACAUCCAGCAUUAAUCAAUUAUGACAAUGCUACAGUGGUGAAGGUCUUGGCGCAAUAGACACUGGGAAGAUAUAUUAUCAGACAUCUUUAAUAGGAAGAACGCUCCAGCCCAAGACCAGUCGGUCAAAGCCGCAAGAAAACAAGUUGCAGAUCCCCCCAUCUUCUGCCCAAGCAACCGAACAAACCAUUCUUCUGUGCCCCUGCAAAGACGAGAAAUGUAAGUUUGUCAAUGGGAAAGUAAUAAAAAUUAAUAUAUUGCUA